CUCACUACCUCAGUCACUCGCCAGCCGCCGGGCUACACGCGCGCGCGCCGCUCCGCGAACCCAAUCACACGUUAACAGUAAUGCUGUGUUUCGUUUAGGUGAUCGUGUAAAUUUUUGGACUGAAGUUUUAAUAAGAACCGACCAUGCCCGUAGCAACAGGAGGCAUCCGGGGGUUCCUCCGGGAGAACCUUCUCACAUUCCUGACUGUGAUCGGCGUGGUCGCGGGCACGCUUCUAGGAUGCGGGUUGCGGGCUUCGGGACACGAGUUCACGCGGCGGGAGGUCAUGUAUUUCCAGUAUCCCGGAGAGCUGUUCCUGAGGAUGCUCAAGUGUCUAAUAGUGCCGCUGUUGGUGUCAUCUAUAGUAUCGGCCAUCGGCUCGCUUGAUUUGAGCCUAUCUGGCAGGGUCGGUCUCCGCGCGAUCGUGUACUACAUGACAACGACGGUGUGCGCCGUGAUGCUGGGCAUCGCGCUGGUCACCACCAUCAAGCCCGGCAUCAGCUCCUCCAACUACCAGCAGCCGAACACCACGAAGGUGCUCACCAAGGACACGCUCACGUCUGAUACGCUGCUGGAUCUCAUAAGAAACGUGUUCCCGGAGAACAUCGCUCAAGCUACAAUCGCGUCCUACAGAACUAAACUCAUUUACGAUGGAAUCGAAAAAGGAGCUAUUAAAGGCCACCCAGAGACGUACAAAAUCGAGGGCGACUAUCAGCCUGGCAGUAACGUGCUGGGGCUGGUGGCGUUCAGCAUCGUGCUCGGCAUUACACUUGGCAAGAUGGGCGACCAGUCCAGACCGCUGCAGGACUUCUUCCAGUCCAUGUCGGAGGCCAUGAUGAUUAUCACUGGCUGGGUUAUUUGGCUUUCCCCCCUCGGCGUGUUCUUCCUAGUAACAGCCAAGAUCAUGGAGAUCGACUCGUUCGCGGAUCUCGUGGGGCGUCUAGGCAUGUACUUCAUGACGGUGCUGCUGGGGCUGUUCCUGCACGGCUUCGGCACCCUCAGCAUUCUGUUCAUCCUGGCCACCAAGAAGUUGCCGUGUCGGUACAUCGCGAAGAUGGGGCAGGUCAUGGCCACUGCGUUUGGAACUGCUUCUAGCUCAGCAACCAUGCCGAUUACGAUAGGCUGCUGCGACGACAUGGGGCUGGACCCUCGCAUCACGCGCUUCGUGAUUCCCAUCGGCGCCACCAUCAACAUGGACGGCACGGCGCUAUACGAGGCGGUGGCUGCCAUCUUCAUCGCGCAGCUGCGCAAGGUCGACAUGUCCUUCGGCAAGAUCAUCGCUGUGAGUGUGACGGCGACGGCGGCGAGCAUAGGCGCAGCGGGCAUACCCCAGGCCGGGCUGGUCACCAUGGUCAUGGUGUUGGACACCGUCAACCUGCCCGCUGAGGACGUGUCCAUUAUUCUCGCGGUCGACUGGCUGCUUGACCGAUUCCGGACUACGAUCAACGUGGUGUGCGACGCGCUGGGCGCCAUCAUAGUGACGUCACUGUCGCAGGGCGACAUCGAGAAGACCCGCGCGCUGCAGAACGACCGCGAGGGCGCCAACACGCACGAACUCGCCGAGCUGGAGAAGGGCGAUCAUUGAACGACCGUGGGGAAGCCAUUAUAAGCGUGCGAUUGACAUCUCCGAACCCAUUCGGGACCUAAUGUUCCGAACGGUUUUUAUGUAAAACUAAAGCCCCAUUUAGACGGUUCAAGAACUUACAUGCGAUUUUCCUUACAUUGCGGUAUUCAUAGUACUCUGUAAGUAGUUAGGUUGGUAUUACACCGGUCCAAUUUCUUGGUCCAAUGUGCAUUGCGUCUUACUCUCUCACUUAGCAAAAUGUGAGACGCAAAUACACAUUACAAAAAUAAUACAAAAAAUAUUUCGUUACCAGGCAUAGAUAGAUGCAAUAUAGGAAAAAACAAAUCAGUUUUACUUACAAAUAUUACAAUUUGGUUAGCAGUAUUUAUUACUUAAACGUGUGUGUGUGUGUGUGUGUGUGUGUGUGUGUGUGUGUGUGUGUGUGUGUGUGUGUGUGUGAGUGUGUGUGUGUGUGUGUGUGUGUGUGUGCACGUGAAGGAGAGGUGUGGUGUUUGCUGCAAGGGUACGAGAGAGAGAUUAUCCACGAAAUUCUUUGACAUAUCUUGCACAUUGAAGAGUUUUAAUACGUAGUUAUAAAUAAACGGAUAGAAUUGUGUGAAGCGUCUUGCAUAAGGCGUUCUCGUCUUGUUUUGAGAGACGCGGAAGACCCUUUUACCACGAAUUGUUCAAGUGAUUCUCAAUAAAAAGACACGUCAAAAUUGUUUACUUUUUUUUAAUGCUAAAAAAACCAGUGUAUAGUGUUAGGAGCCGCUAAUCAGCAGAGUUGCGGAGCAGGCGCAUUACAUAUGUGAGCAUUACACGAUGAGAGAGAGUUGCAAUACGGUGUUUAAAGGGGAAAUGUAUCGAAUAUUGCGCGGAAGUUCUUGAACCGCCUAAAUGGGACUUUAAUCUUCGUGAAGGAAAGUAGAUGGCAACUCGUUUUACUGUGACCCUUCUUUGCCGUGUUCAGUAAAUGUGGUUAUACUUAUACUGCAAUAUAAUUAAGUACCUACAUUUUUUUAUUUUAGUUUGUUUUCAUAGUAUUGGCCUAUUAUAUUAGUAAAUGCCUGAUUAAUUAAGUUUUUUCCUUAAGGACUGUAGAAAACCAAAAGAGGAAACAUCGGCGAUCAAAUUACACAAUCUAAAUUAAUUGUAUUGAUUAAUAAUCUCGAAAUCUAUCAUGGGCGAAGAUUAGCUGAAACUGCUUAAGUCUGUAAAGUGCUUGAAAAUUGGGAGCGUUGAUUGCGUAAUGCAUAAUGGCUGCCUCGGUUAACGGUAUGACCGUUUUGUGUUCAACGUUAUGUUAACUUUAUCGUGAGAGGACAAUAAUUUAGUUGCAACUAGCACUUUGUUAUUGAAUGAAUUUGGUUGUUCUUACCUAAAAUAAGGAAACGUGUGUUUGUAAUAUUAUGGUUGAAGUGCGAAGUUCGGUUGUAACUUGUUAUAUUUAGAAGUAUUUGAAAUAUACAAAAAUAAAAUAAAACAAAUAAGAUUUUCCCUCGUGGCACCUAUACGUAUGCCGCGGACGCCACAGUAUGUUUCUACCCUUAAUGUUGCAUCAAUUCAGAUGAAUAUUUAUUAUACCAGUGACAGAUAUGUUCUAACGUUAUUUUAGUGUUUGGUUGAUUUGUAAAAUAAUAGAAGUUUAAGUAAGCGAUGUAUUUUAAUAGGUAGUUAUAUUUAAUGUUGUACGUAGCCUUUGAUGUUAUACCAAAGUUUUUACUAAGACCUCAUACCAAUAAAAUCAGUAUCUACAAAUAAAUGUAUGAUUCGGCUAUGAAUAAAAUGCUACACACUAUUGUACCUCUGCAACUUUGGGAAACAAAUCAAUUAUUUUAUCGAAUAUUUCGAUUUGUGUUUUUUAAAGUAGUCACAUUACUAUAUAUGAAUUAUAAACUAAAAUACAUGUCAUAUACUGUACCUACCUAUUCUACGAUGAUCUUCCUAAAGCUAAACCACUCUGCGGAGUUGUGGUGUACAGUUAAAAAAAUACUUAAUAAGUGAGAUGAUGCUAUCCGGUACGAAGGACCAUCAAAUAAUAGCUGAUCAGGGGCCUAGCCAAGUUAGGAUUGCUUUUAGAAACUUAAAGAAUGUAUAGAUUUCCCGUUGAGAUUCAAGAUGGCGAAGGAGUCUCGAGACAAUUUUUUUGGUUUUUGCUCAUUAAUGUUGUUUAAAGCGUAAUAAUGAUUGCUUAUUAUACAGUGAAUGGCGGGUGCUGAUUAAAACACGGUUAAACGCGUUUCAAGAUUAAUUCUUCAAUAUACACUUCUAUGGUGGAAAUGUAUAUUAAAGAAUUAAUCAUGAAACGCGUAUCAACACCCGGCAAUCCAUCGUGCCUAUUAGUAAUGUUCAGCUAUCACUUUACUAAAAGCACUUACUCUCAAAAAACUCUAAAAGUACUUAUGAUAUAAAAGCAACUACCGAACAACGUCACGCUGUACGAACACACUUGACAUUGGCAAAAUAAAAGAAGAAGAAUAAUGUACUCAGAGGAUAUCAAAUGUAUACGUAACGUAAAAAUAGCCAUGUCAGAUAAACGUCAGUCUAUACAUUGUGUAUGACCAUUGGCGGCCUAUUUUCGACAGAGGGGAACGCCUGUUAAUGGCUACUCCGUUUGGUGAUAUCCUCUAAGAAUGCAAAGGAUCAAAUUAGGAAAUCUCGUGACUUUUCGUUGUUAGCGGUCAUCCCGAUACAUUUUUACUUUUCUAUUAGCGUUUAUCGAUAAAAUAUUAUCAUCUUGUCUACACGGACAUAUUCAUAUUGUUGAAAUGUGUUAUGUAGUCUUUUCUUCUUAAAAGAGUUGAUAAAAGUCUUUUACUACUAACAAAAGAGCUUGUAAAUUCGUCGUGUUCUCUGUGUGCCAUGUACAAAGUUGAAACUAACAAGGUUGCAUUCUGCUGUAGGUACUUAAAACCUAUUCAGGAUUUCUCAAAAAGGGCAGCUUUAUUUAUAACAUUUUGAGAUAUCGUGGAACGGAUUUUGAGACGUAUAUAGGUUACGGUCAUUCCCUUUUUAUCUAUUAAAGCAGAUUGAAGUAAACUAGCAUCGGGUCAGGUGUGGUACAAAGAACAGUAGUGUUUCGAAUGGGGUAAGAAAAACAUUACGUACCAGAGAUUCCACUCUUACCCUUGCUGACAACCUGUAAGGUUUCUUUGAUAGAUCAAAUUGAUAUAUUUAUUUAUGAAUAAUAUUUACACUGUUUAGAUCACUUAUACGGCAGAAUUUUGUAGAUUUAUUUGUACAUUUUCCAGAACUUUAUCUUUGUAUCUAUCUAUUUUUGUAUGCGUGUACAUACAAUAAACUUGAAGUAGUGUAUUAACUUAAUACAAUAUAUAUUCAUAAAUGAAUGUUUUUGUGCCAUAAAUGUAUUAUGUAUUUCGUAUUCUUAAGAGUUUAAAUAGACUCGUCGCAUUCCAAUUGAUGUCACUAUAUAUGCGUAAAUGUUUAUUUAUUUGUUAAGCCGUAGAGGGAGAAAGGGCACUCUCCAUAAAUGGGGUCUGAAUAAAAUAUUUGCCUUGCCCUUUGCCUUUAAGAGGCCGGUGUCGAUUUUAGUCGCAAAAAUGUAAAAUUGAUAGAUUUCGUCGAUGAAAUUGUACACCUUUUGUUACCAAAUUGAAAUAACAAGUACUGCUUUCUAUUAGCACGUCUUCUUAUCUUGCCUUUUAUCAGAUCAAUUUUUUGAAAACAGACUCACUAAAUUAGUAAUGAUUUUUUUUCUGAAGGACGUUUAGGUAAACGCGCGUAAAGCACUGAUUUUGUCGCUCUUAUUUGUAAAUUUCGUAAAGUUUGGACUGCUAAAAAUGGUAAAUUUGUAUUACACAUAUUCUGUACUUGACCUUUAUCAGAUUACAUUUUUGUUAUAUGACUUAGAGUUCGAGAAAAUGAAAGUUAAACGAAUUCAAUUUUCUCCAGAAAUUACUUCAAAACAAGUUACAAUUUCUCUGAAAAUCGACUUAAUUUCAACGUAAUUUGGAUACUUGAACAAUCUACAACAUUUGCUGAAACUAUUCUUAUACAUCAAUUUGUAUAAUUUACCACCAUAAUUUUUUGAUGAAUUUUUAAAAACUGCCCCUUCUCUUCAUAUAUUACCGGUGACGGACGCUCGCGACCUCAUUAUUAAAAGGCAAGAUGAGAAAACGUGCUAAUAGAAACCAAUACUUGUUAUUUAGAUAUUACAUAACAAAACGUGUAUAAUUUCAACGACUAAAUCUAUCAAUUUAAAAAAUUUGCUCCAAAAUCGACUACGGCCUCUUAAAUACACUGUUAAUUGCUGCACUGGGCAUUUUCACCUGUUAUUUUUGACUUGGAGUCAUUUCAUUAAAUCAUUUUAAAUGAUUCAAAAUUGAUUUUAAUAUUUUUUUAAGAAAUCUCACUGUUUUAACUGUUACCAGUUUUCUAUGAAAUUAAUUUUUAGCACCUAAAAGGUAAUAUAUUCGCUCAGCGAUUUCAGAGAUAUUGACAUUUUAAAAUACAUAUGAUAUGUUUAUAUAGGUAUUUUAACUUAAGUUAUAAAGGACAAUUAAAUUAAUGUUUCACUUUUUUACAGUUAACCACGCCAAAAGUCAAGUCAACUGUUUCUAAGAUGAAACAAGUCACUAGUUUGUGAAAUAUUUAUUUCUGUUGAACUGUUAUUUUUAAAGGAAUUUUCUUCCUAUGUAUUGUAUUUAUUGUCUUCCUAGUCUGUCUGAAGAUAAAUCACUGGGCCUAUUGUUGGAGGUCUCGAGGUUAUUUAGAAUUAGGUUUUAACGGACUGGGGCUCAUGCCGCAGUAUUUUAAAAUCGUCUGAGACCCAGAGUCUUGUAUUAAAUCGUUCGAGGAUGUAUUUAUUGUAAUCAAUGUUUAAGUGCUAUUGUAUAGAUUAGUAGUUCUAGUCCGCACUUGUUGUAAUGAAUGUUAGUUGUUUUCUCGAAUAUUACAGUAUUUUAUAACUUAUAUUUAUUUAGUUUUACUAUGAAAUUUGAACCAAAAGACGACCAAAAAAGUAACUUUUUGGCUUAAUUUGUAUCCCAGUCAAUUGUAGUAAAACUUUUAAGUAUAAGGAGUUUGUAUUUGGGUAGCUAAUUAUAUUUUGGUCGGUAUUGAGACCGUAUAGCUAUAGAUUAUUGUUUAGGUAAGUAGAUCUGUAUCUGAUCUAGCUCUCGUUUAUAAAUACGGCCAUAGUUGGAUAUUUAUUUUAAUAAAUACUCAUUGUGUAAAA